UUUUCCUCCCUCACUCCUCCUCCUCCUCCUCCUCCUCCUCCUCCUCCUCUGUGUGUUUUUUUUAAAUGAUUUGGGGAGAAGAGGGGAACAAGCAUUCGGAGCUUGGCUGACAGUGCAGGCAGGAGCGUCACACAGGCAAACAGGAGCCUGAGGGGCAGUACACUGGGACCGGGAGAGGACUGAAGAGGCUUUAUGGAUCUGAUGCACAGACUUAAAGAUUGACCAACAGACAGAAGAGGCAGCAAUAAGGAGAUUUAAAGGACAUAUAGAUUUAGACAGACUCUCAACAAGCUUCAAACAACACAUUUACACACAGACACAGACUGUACAAAGAAGCAAGGGAGAAAAAAAAAAGCCAGAUAUACUGAUUUUAUUUUUGUAGAAAAGAGGAAAGACAGGCAGGCAGCUACCCUGUGAGCAAGUCUAAACAUUUUUCCAGACGGGACUGGAGUUUUCUUCCACUGGAGAGAGAAAGAGGCACAUUUUGAAUGAAAAGAGAAGAAUCCUCAUCUUCAUCCUGCAAUGCUUUUGAGGAACUCUGCACUGAACUGUUGCUGUCUGCUGUCCUGCAUGGUGACGCAGGCAUAGGACGCGUUUAUCUUCACUGAAUUCCUCUGUUAUUUCUCUACCAAGUCCUUCCUCGGCGCAGGUGUCGCGCUGACCGUCACUAUGUUUUCCCAAAGGCACUCUUUAACACUAUCAUGGACUACUUGCCUUUUGGUCUUGUGCAUCCUGGAUGUAUGGACCACAGCCUGGCCAGCCGCCCAACAGUCCCAACCGCAGCUGCAGUCCCACCGGUCCAGGCAGAUGUCACCCCUAACCUCCUCCCCGUCAGCGGGCAACCUGUCAGAGAGCGCGGAGAGCAAAGUGGAACGCCUCGGCCAGGCGUUCAAGCGAAACGUCCGCGAGCUGCGCGAGAAAAGCUCCUGCCUGGACCUGGUCUUCCUCGUGGACGAGUCGUCCAGCGUCGGGGCCAACAACUUCCUGAGCGAGCUGAGGUUUGUACGCAAGAUGCUCUCCGACUUCCCCGUCGCGCCGGAGGACACGAGGGUGGCACUGGUCACCUUCUCAUCCAAGACCCAUGUGGUGACGAGGGUGGACCACAUCUCAGCGCCCAAGUCCCACCAGCACAAGUGUUCCCUGUUCAACCAGGAGAUCCCAGCCAUCAACUACAGAGGAGGGGGCACCUACACAAAAGGAGCCUUCCAGAGGGCAGCGCAGAAGAUAGCAGAGGGGAAGCCGCUCGCCAGCUAAUUGUUGAGGAGUUUCCAGUGCAAAUCCUCCGUCACUCCCGCGGUAACGCCACCAAGGUCAUCUUCCUCAUCACCGAUGGCUACUCGAACGGCGGGGACCCUCGGCCGGUGGCGGCAGCUCUGAGGGACCGUGGUGUGGAGAUCUUCACCUUGGGCAUCUGGCAGGGUAACAUCAGGGAGCUCCACGACAUGGCCUCCCAGCCCAAGGACCAGCACUGCUACCUGGUGCACAACUUCGCCGAGUUUGAGGCCCUGGCUCGUCGUGCGCUGCAUGAAGACCUCCCCACGGGCAGCUACAUCCAGGAAGAUCUGUCUCGCUGCUCCUCUCUGUGCGAAGCAGGCAGGGACUGCUGCGACCUGAUGGCCAGCUGUAAGUGCGGCACGCACACCGGACAGUACGACUGCAUCUGCGAGAAGGGAUACUACGGGAAGGGCCUGCAGCACGAGUGCACAGCAUGUCCACCCGGCACCUACAAACCAGAGGGAACACCAGGAGGCCUGAGCACCUGCCUGCCGUGCCCCGACCUGCAGCACACCUCCCAGCCUGGCAGCACCUCCUUCAGUGACUGCGUCUGCAGGCCGGGCUAUCAGCCAAUAGGCAUGACCUGCCAGGUGGUGUACUGUCCCCCGCUGUAUCCUCCAGCAAAUGGCUUUUUCAUCCAGAACGUAUGCAACAACCACUUCGAGGCGGCCUGCGGCGUACGAUGCGAUCCGGAUUUUGACCUCCAGGGGACGGGCAUCAGACUGUGCCAGGCUGACGGCACCUGGUCAGGAACACCUGCCAGCUGCGUAGUCCGCUCCUGCCCACCCCUCGCUCGGCCCCAGCACGGCUUCCUGAGGUGCAACGACGGCGACGCCGCCUACAGGGCGGAGUGUCAGGUGGGCUGCGAGCGAGGCUAUAGGCUAGAGGGAGACUCCAGACUCACCUGCCAGGCCAACUCCCAGUGGAGUGGACCCCAACCUCGGUGUGUGGAGGUGCGUUGCCCUGCCAUCGUGACCUUGAAGAACAUCUUUCUGUCACCCCCUACGUGCGGGAAGAGGGCAGUGAUGCCGGGCGCCGCUUGCCUCCUCACCUGUCGUCAAGGUUACAGUCUCCAGGGAAACAGGAAGGCAGUGUGCUUGGCCUCUGGGAACUGGACAGCUAAUGUCCAUAAAGCCGUCUGUACAGAUGCUGAACCACCGUGGAUCCAGUGUCCCGUGAACAUUGUUGCAGAGACAGAUGAGCGACGCGGCACCGCAAACGUUAGCUGGAACGUCCCGACCGCCACCGACAACUCUAAAGAAGAGGUGGCGGUGCAGGUGAAGCCGGUGUACUCCCCUCCACAGCUGCUCCCCAUCGGAAAGGAAACCAUCACCUAUAUCGCGACCGACCGCUCCGGCAACCAGGCCAACUGCUCUUUCACCGUCACCGUCAUCGAUACGGAGCCUCCGGUGAUUGACAGGUGCAGGUCACCGCCCGCGGUCCAGGCCACAGACACGGAGACGGCGGUCGUUUGGGAGGUGCCACAGUUUUCCGACAACUCAGGUGGUCGCCUCACAGUGACCGGCAGCCACAGUCCAGGCUCUCGGUUCCUAGUAGGAGAGACUCUGGUCCAGUACACAGCUACUGACGCGGCAGGAAACAGCCGCACCUGCAACCUCACCAUCACUGUACAAGGGACGGCCUGCGAGCAGCCGUACGUCCCAGUGAACGGAGAGUUCAUCUGCUCUGAAGAAGAGGAGGGCGUCAACUGCACUCUUCAUUGUAAAGACGGCUACAGCUUCACUCAGGACGCCGUGCACAGCUACUUCUGCGCCUACAACGGCGUGUGGGAGCCACCCUACUCUGCAGACCGACCUGACUGCUCAGUGAACCGUAUAGCAAACAACGGCUUCAAGCCCUUUGAGAUGCUGUUUAAAGCAUCCCGCUGUGAUGAUGUCGACCUGGUCAAGUCAUUUACUGGGGAGUUUAACACCAAACUGGGAGGCAUGCUCCCCAACAUUUGCAGCAGCGACGACGUCACCUGCAAACUGGAGGUGAUGUCACAGGGUCACUGUCUCGAGUACAACUACGAUUACGAGAAUGGCUUUUCUAUCGUCCCAGGGGGAUGGAGCAACAGCUGGGGUCCUCAGGGCACGCAGGACUAUGCCUACUUUGAGUCAGGCUUCGCCACAGGUUCCCGGCAGCUCGCCAGACGACAGCAAGACAGCAGCGUGCAACCGCACCAGCGCACCAAGAGACACCGAAAAAUCAGAGGACCCACCAGAGACCAAAAGAUUCAGAUCUUUUUCAACAUCACAGCAAGCAUCCCUCUGCCCAUAUCGAGGAACGACUCAGUAGAAGUGGCCAAUCAGAAGAGACUACUGCGGACGCUGGAGCAGCUGACCAACCGUCUGAAGCGAACGCUGGCCAAGCAGCCGCUGUCCAGCUUCCACGUGUCCUCGGAGAUGAUCGUCGCCGAUCCCAAAUCUCUGGAGAGCAAGAGGGCCUUCCUGUCCUGCAGACCGGGCUCAGUGCUCAAAGGCAGGAUGUGUGUCCAAUGUCCGGUGGGAACAUACUUCUCCCUGGAACAUAACGAGUGUGCGAGCUGCUGGCUGGGCUCCUACCAGGACCAGGAGGGUCAGCUGGAGUGUAAGUCCUGCCCCGAGGAGACCUCCACAGCCUAUCUGCACUCCCGCAGCAUCACCGAGUGCAAAGGGCAGUGUAAGCCUGGUAGUCACUCUCUGAACGGGCUGGAGAUCUGUGAGUCAUGCCCGCUGGGUCACUUCCAGGCCGGUUUUGGCGCGAGGGAGUGUCUCGUCUGUCCUGACGAGACCUCAACUGUCACCAGAGGAGCAGUGGACGAGUCAGAGUGUGGAGUCCCCUGUUCGGCAGGUCAUUUCUCCCGCACCGGUCUGGUUCCCUGUUACCCUUGUCCUAGAGAUUACUACCAGCCCGAUCACGGCCGCUCCUACUGCCUGUCCUGUCCCUUCUACGGAACCACCACCAUCACCGGGGCAACCACCAUACAGCACUGCUCCAGUUUUGGCUCCAGUUUCCUUCCCAAAGAGGAGAGUGUGACUGCAGCUCCAGAGGUGGAGGUCAGUGAGGACUACCAAGCGAGCAGUCAGGUUUUCCACGAGUGCUUCCUAAAUCCCUGCCAGAAUAAGGGCACGUGUGAGGAGGUCGGGGCGGGAUACGUCUGCACCUGCAUGCCCGGAUUCACAGGUGCCAAGUGUGAGAUUGACAUAGAUGAGUGCGACUCUGCUCCGUGCCAGAAUGGAGGCCUGUGUAGGGACGGUAUGGGAGACUUCCAGUGUCAGUGCAAGCCUGGAUUUUUAGGCUCUCUGUGUGAGGCGGAGGUGAACGAGUGUAUGUCCUCGCCCUGUCUUAACGAAGGCGUGUGCGUGGACGAGGUCAACAAGUUCACCUGCAGUUGCGCCGGCGGCUUCACAGGCUCUCGCUGUGAGCUGGAAAUAAACGAGUGCCUCUCCGACCCCUGUCUGAACGACGGCUUGUGUGAGGACCUGACAGGUGGCUACAGUUGUACUUGUGCCGCCGGCUUCUCAGGGGACAGCUGCGAGAUCAACGUCGACGAAUGUUACAGCGUCCCCUGUCUGAAUGGAGGCACGUGUCUGGACGAGGUUAACGAUUUCAGGUGUCAGUGUGUGGAGGGCUACCGUGGUCGACUGUGCGAGGUGGACGUUGACGAGUGCGACCCGAACCCCUGCGUGAACGGAGCCAGCUGCAUGGACGGUCUGGGCUCCUACACCUGCCGCUGCCUCCCUGGGUUCAACGGAACCAGGUGUGAGACAGAAAUGCCGUCGGCCUUCAACUUGGACUUUGAGGUGUCUGGUAUCCACGGUUACGUAAUGAUGGACGGCGUGAUGCCGGCGCUCACAGAGAUCACCUGCACCUUUUGGAUGAGGUCAUCGGACACCACCAACUACGGCACACCUGUCUCGUACGCAGUGGAGGGCAGCGACAACGCUUUCCUUCUCAUCGACUACAACGGGUGGGUCCUGUAUGUGAAUGGUAAGGAGCGGAUCACUGACUGUCCUGCAGUGAACACAGGCCUGUGGUACCACAUCGGGGUGUCGUGGAGGAGCUGGGAUGGCGACUGGAGAAUUUACAUCAACGGGAAGCCCUCAGACGGAGGCAAAGGCCUGUCAGUCGGCACCACUAUCCCAGGCGGUGGGGCGCUGGUAUUAGGUCAGGACCAGGAUCAGAGGGGUGAAGGCUUCAACCCUGUCGAGUCCUUUGUCGGCUCCAUCAGCCAGCUCAACAUCUGGGAUCGUGUUCUCACACCUCAACAGAUCAAGGUCCUGGCCAGCAGCUGUCCAGCCUCUCAUGUGACCCACAGAGGGAACGUCCUCGCCUGGCCAGACUUCCUCACCGGGGUGGUGGGCAGAGUCAAAGUAAACCUUAACAGCAUUUUCUGUGCUGAUUGCCCCAAGCUGGAGAACGCAGUGCCCCACCUGCAUGCGUCCAGUGUGGAGCUGAGUCCCGGUGCCCAGGUCCAUCUGUCCUGCGAUCCCGGCUUCUACCUCUUGGGGGAGCCCGUGCUGCAGUGCCAAAAUAAAGGAGAGUGGAGUCACCCUCUGCCCAGCUGUGAACGGGUGUCCUGUGGGCCUCCUCAACCUCUGGAGAACGGCUUGUUUCAGGGGACUGACUUCCAUGCCAGCAGCUCUGUAGUCUAUCAGUGUAACGCUGGCUUUUACCUGCUGGGAGACACCAAGCUGCACUGCACCAACAGUGGAAAGUGGGCAGGAAAUCCACCGGCCUGCCUCGAUGUGGAUGAGUGCGCUCUUGGCUCUGACUGUGACGAACACGCUAGUUGUCAGAACACAGAGGGCUCCUACACCUGCACAUGUAUCCACCCGUACAGGGGAGACGGCAAAAACUGCACAGAGCCUGUGAAGUGCGAGAACCCCGGGUCUCCAGACUUCGGGCACAGAGAAGGCAGCAACUUUCUGAUGGGCGGCGAGGUUGUUUUUGGCUGCGACGUCGGCUAUGAGCUGAUCGGCUCGGCUCGCCUCCUCUGCUUAGAGACGGGAAGCUGGGAUGAUCCGGUCCCAUACUGCAGAGCCCUCUCCUGCUCGACACCAACUGUUCCAGAGAACUCCGUCAUGACUGGAAACAACUUCACCUAUGGAAGCAAGGUGACUUUCAGCUGCAUGAAGGGCUUCCUGCCUCAGAUCCCCUACGAGUUCCAGUGUCUCGCCAGUCUGAGGUGGAGCGGGACGCCGCCUGUCUGUCACCCAGUGACCUGUGGGGGGCUUCCGACUGUCAUGAACGCCGACUACACCAUCGACAAGAACACAUACCGGUCUAUAGUCACAUAUACCUGUGCUGAGGGAUAUAGACCACAGGGCUCCAUGGAAGUGGUUUGUGAGGCGACAGGGGAGUGGAGCAGGCCCGUUCCCCGCUGUGUGAGCAUCUUGUGCAGCGAGCCUCCGCCCCUGAGAGACGCUGUGACCGUGGGAGAGAAUUAUGAACUGGGAAACCAGGUGCACUACGUCUGCAAAGAAGGUUACACUUUGAUUGGCUCAGAGACCAGAGAGUGUCUUCCAAGCGGCCAGUGGAGUGACAGCUCUGCCCAGUGCGUCCCCCGCUCUUGUGGCACGCCGCCCGCCAUCGACCACGCCGAGCCCUACGAGGGCCACAAGCUGUUCGGCGACACCGCCAACUACUACUGCACCGACGGAUACACCGCUGGCAACAACUCCAAGAUGGUGUGCAACGCUCAGGGUGUGUGGGCGCCCCCCGACGGCAUGGAGGCCCCUCGCUGCAUCGCAAACUUCUGCUUACGUCCGCCCGAGCUACCCCACGCGAUUUUAGACUCGGUCAACAAGCCCAAAUACGCCAGCAACACCGAGGUGAGCUACAAAUGUGAGGAGGGCUUCAUGCUCAACACCACAGCCACGCUAAGAUGUCUGAUGGGAGGAGAGUGGGAGCCUUCGCCGUACGAUAUCCGCUGCGUGCCGGUGAGGUGCUCCAGGCCUGAAAGCAUCGAUCGGGGCUACGUGAGUGGAUCAGACUACAGUUUUGGAGCCGUGGUGGCAUACGGCUGCGAGAAAGGCUUCGGAAUCCGAGGGGAGAAGAAGAGGACCUGCAAGGCCAACGGAGAGUGGAGUGGAGUUCUGCCUACCUGUGGACCUGUGACCUGUGACGCUCCUCCUUUACUCAAUAACGGACACAUCGCGAACCUACAGGGCAUCCAGGGCACUAGAGGUCGAUAUAUCUUCAACAGUAAGGUGAUAUACGCCUGUAAUGCAGGAUUCAGACUGGUUGGUCGUCCAGAGCGAAUUUGCCAAGCGAACCGGCAGUGGUCCAACAGCGAACCUAUCACCUGUGUCCUUCUGACCUGUGACCCUCCUCCCGACAUUCUCCAUGGACAUUACAAGGGCUCUGAUUUCCAGGUGGGCCGAAAGGUGCAGUACGUCUGCGACGAGGGUUACGAGCUGGCCGGCGACGCCACCUGGACCUGCCUGAAGUUCGGAAAGUGGGAUAAGAGGAACAGCCCACGCUGCUCGCCAGUGCAGUGUCCAGAGCCGCCGCUGGAGGAGAACCACCUGGUCCUGAAGGGCGUGGACGCCGAAUCCGGAACAGUGGAACUGUCCUGCGAGGACGGCUACGUCCUGGAGGGCGCGCAGGUCCUCCGCUGCAUGGCGUCGCAGGAGUGGAACGCCACUUUUCCAGUGUGUAAGCAGGUAUUUUGCGGCGCCCUGCCUGAAGUGUCGUUUGGUGGCCCUUCCUCAUCCUCUCCCCCGUUCCCUUUCAGCUCCGUGGUGAGCUACACAUGCAUGGACGGCUUUACUUUAAGGAAAGAGGGCUCGGUGUCCUGUCUAGCCAACGGGCAGUGGAGCAGUCCGUACCCAGAGUGUAUUCCAGUUGAAUGCCCUCAGCCUGUGGAGAUUUCUAAUGGUAUUGUUGAUGUCCAGGGUCUGAUGUACCUCAGCAAAGCGCUGUACAGCUGCAAGAGUGGAUAUAACUUAGUGGGAAACUCUACUGUCCUCUGUGGAGAGAAGGGACUCUGGAUUGGUGGGGUACCUUCUUGCCGCCCAAUCGAAUGCUCAAUCCCUAAACAGAUAGCCAAUGGAAGAGUAGUUUACACAAAACUCCAGUUUGGUCACAGUGUCACCUACUCCUGCCUUCGUGGUUAUCGUGUCCACGGCCCUGAGACACUAGAGUGCCUGGCCAGUGGGGAGUGGGACAUCGAGCCACCUGCUUGUGUGCAGAUAUCCUGCACCCCACCCCAACCUAUCGAGAACGGAUUCGUGGAGGGCCAGGAUCACAGCUUCGGCGUGACUAUUUUCUACAGCUGCUUUCCCGGCUUCCAGCUAGUCGGCCACGACCAUCUGACCUGCGAGGAGUUUGGCUGGUCUAGUUCUGUUCCCGUCUGCGUGCCCUCGGACUGCGGCCUGCCUCCUCACAUCGACUUUGGGGAGUAUGUAAGGGUGGGCGGAGACACUGGAACAUUAGCCUCACCUAUGGACCUAAACUUCCUUCACGGGACGUUAAUCGAGUACAGUUGCCACAAAGGUUACGACCUCUCGAGCCCCACCAGGUUAGUGUGUCAGGAGGACGGAGGCUGGAACGGGACGGCGCCCUCUUGUGUCCCGGCUGAGUGUGAAACGCCGCCCAACCCAGAGCACGGCUGGGUGAACGUGACCGACACCUCCCUCGGCAGCAUGGUUAGGUACACUUGUGAGAAAGGAUACGAGCUGGAGGGGGAGCCUGUGAGGCAAUGUCUGUCAGGUCGACUGUGGACUAAAGAUGCACCAGUUUGUCGACCCGUUUCCUGUGGCGACCCAGGUGCUGUUGCGAAUGGCAUAGCUCACGGACAUGCUCAUGUUUACCCCGAGGUCCUCGGCUAUGAGUGUAAUCGUGGAUUUGUCCUGAAGGGUAGUGACACUAUCGCCUGCCAAGCGAAUGGAAGGUGGAGCGGGCAGAAGCCUCGGUGUGAGCCUGUAGUCUGUGGUCCUCCUGAAGUCCCCAGUGAUGUUGUGUUUAAAGGAGAGGCGUUCAGUUAUAACAGUGAGAUAGAGCUGAGCUGUCAGCCUGGUUUCCUCUUACAAGGCAAAUCUAUUAGUGUUUGCCAGGCUGACGGCACCUGGAGCCACGAGUCUCCAACCUGUGUACUUACCAACUGUGGCAAACCCUCACCAAUACCCAACGGGCGAGUGUCGGGGUCAGAGUUUGGCUUCAACAGCAAGGUAAAGUAUGACUGCGACGAGGGGUACACACUCAACGGAGAGGCCACGCGUGUCUGUCAGUCAGACGGACUUUGGGACAAACCCGCACCUCGCUGUGACGUCAUAAGUUGCGAUCCGCCCGAGGACAUCAGUCACGGCUUCCUGAACGGCUCCAGCUUCAACUACGACGACGUGGUGGAGUACGUCUGCUUCGACGGCUACGAGGUAGUCGGGGACCCCAUCCUGCGGUGCUCCGCCCAAGGCUCCUGGGUGGGCACCGUGCCCGAGUGCCGGCCCUGCGUCUGCGCCCUCCCCGUGGUGAAAUUCGGGGCGGUUCUCGGCCGUGACCGCGCCUGCGGAGACCAAGUGCACUUCCAGUGCGACGGGGGCUACAAGCUGCUGGGUCCCUCUCAGGCCGUGUGCGAGAAGGGAGGGGUGUGGAGCCCCGGUGUGCCCAUCUGUGGCCGGGGAAGGUGCAGUGCUGCUCCGCCUACAGUUCCUAACGCUGUGCAGCAGGGCAGCAGUGCCACCUUCUCAGACACCAUUAUAUACAGGUGUCGGCCUGGUUAUCGGGCAAAGGGGCAUCCAUACCUCACCUGUGGAAGAGAUGGCAGGUGGGGGGAACCCAGGAUCAGCUGUGAGCCUGUCAGCUGUGGUAUACCUCCAGCUGUAGCCUACGCUCAGGUGGUGGGAGACACCUUCACCUUCCCGAAUCAAGUCACAUACAGGUGCGAGGACGGGUACAAACUGGCCACGCAGGCGGCCUCUCUCUCCUGCCAGAGCGACGGCACCUGGUCCAAACACAGCAUCCGCUGCCGCCCUGUGCCCUGCCUGCUACCCACCAACUUCUCCAUCCCUCACGUGGUAAUCACCGGGAAGGAGUUCACUCCUGUCGGAGGCACCAUCACCCUCUCGUGCCCUCCUGGUCUUUACCUGCAGGGGUCAGCGUUAGCUGAGUGUCAGCCGGGUGGAAGAUGGGCGCCGAGCAUCUCGUCAGUUUCCUGUGAGCUGGUGGUUUGCGAGAAACCCCCCCCUCUUCUUCACGGCGUCACCGAGGGGGACAGAUACAGCUACGGGGACUUUGUCGUGUACUCGUGCCUGCCAGGCUUUGAGAUGAAGGGAGACUCUAUCCAGACCUGCCAGGGAGACCGAACAUGGAGCGGCACCCAGCCAGUGUGUGUUGCACCGUCCUGUGGGCCUCCACCUGCAGUACAAAACGCACAGGUUCAGACAACAGGAGAGACUUACCCACACAACGCAAGUUACAUAUGUGAUACCGGCCUGCAUCUGGUCGGACCAAAGACUCUCACCUGUCUGGUCAACGGCACGUGGAGCCUCCCAGCACCCACAUGUGAAGCGCCGGCUAAAGGGUGCGACAGCCCGAAACAGGUGCCGCACGGCAAAGUGCAAGAACACAACCUGAACACGGGGCGAGCCGUGGAGGUGCUGUGCGAUAAAGGCUACAACCUGGUGGGAGAUUCCCUGGUGGUGUGCAUGGGGAGCAACACCUGGAGCUCCACGUUCCCCACCUGCCAACCCAAGUCCUGCCCGACUCCGCCGGGCUGGAGAGAGGACGGCAGCAGGAACGGCUCCCAGAGGGAGUUUUAUGUCGGACAGUCGGUCCGCGUCGCCUGUCCCAAAGGUCAGCAGGUCAGAGGCGGCGGCACCAUCACCUGCAGGCCGGACCAGACCUGGAGCCCCAUCAGCUCUGUGUGUGAACGGGUGUCCUGUGGCCCCCCCCUCCACGUGGCCAACGGGGUGGUGCGGGGGGCGGUGUUCCAGUUCGGGGACGUGGCGGCGUACUCGUGUUUUGGCGGCUACGCCAUGGAGGGCGUCGGAAGGAGCAGGUGUCUGGAGAACGGCACCUGGACGCCGCCUCCCACGUGCAGAGCGGUGUGCUGGCUGCAGUGCCAGAACGGAGGUGCGUGUCAGCGGCCCAACACUUGCUCCUGUCCUGAGGGCUGGAUGGGCCGACUUUGUGAGGAGCCGAUCUGCAUCCUGCCGUGCCUGAACGGAGGCCGUUGCGUAGCACCCUACCAGUGCGAGUGUCCCAGCGGGUGGACGGGCACGCGCUGUCACAGUGCUGUGUGUUCAUCGCCUUGUCUGAACGGAGGCAGAUGCAUCAGGCCGAACAGAUGUCACUGCAGUCCGGGGUGGAGCGGACACGACUGCUCCAGGAAAAGGAAAUCAGGAUACUAUCACUUCUAGAAAAGGUUCGGCUCAGCUCCAUGUGAAUCACCUUAUGAAGGGAACUCUUGUAUAGUUAACGGACACACCUGUAAACCAAUUCAUUCUCAUCUCUCCUCCGCAAAAAAAGGGCAAAGCAAGAACCAGUUUGUAAAAUAAAGCUGUAUUUUUUCAUAUAGAGACUCAACAGUAUUAAACAUAUGCUGCUAUAUACUUGUACGAUGUGUAAAAACUAUUGAUGUGAUUGUCCAAUGUAUAUGUGUAAACUAUUCUCACAUUUUUAUUAAAGCAUAAAAUACCCUUAAACCUUCCGUCUUGGUGCAUUUGAAGUGAAUUAGAACAGCACAACGCUCCUGUGUCUCAUCCUCAUUUAUUAAAUCCACAUAAUGUGACAAAGAACGUUCAGGUGCAAAGCCAAUUCCUCAUAAAAACUGAAUU